GAAGAUGAAACGACAUCGUGGUAAGAGUUGGCGUCGUUUCAGUUCCUCAGAGAGAGAGAGAGAGAGAGAGAGAGAGUAGCUCGAAUCGCAAAUCAACUCAUCUUCUUCACCAGCGCCGCCGCACUUCUACUGCACAAAAAAGGAUUCUGUUUCUGAAGAUGGCGUCGAAGUUGAUACAAGUUCAAUCAAAGGCAUGCGAGGCUUCAAAGUUUGUGGCGAAGCAUGGCACUUCUUACUACAGGCAGUUGCUUGAGAAGAACAAUCACUUUAUCCAAGAACCCGCCACUGUGGACAAGUGCCAAGAGUUGUCUAAGCAGCUUCUCUACACCCGUCUUGCUAGCAUUCCAAAACGCUAUGAAACCUUCUGGAAGGAACUAGACUACGCAAAGAACUUAUGGAAGAACAGAAGCGAUCUGAAGGUAGAAGAUGCUGGAAUCGCUGCUUUGUUUGGUCUUGAAUGCUUUGCCUGGUACUGCGCAGGAGAAAUCACUGGCAGAGGCUUCACCUUCACCGGCUAUUACCCUUGAAAGAGACCAACUAUUAUAACUUGAAACAACAUUUUGUGGUUUCCAUGAUUCUCUGAAUCAAAAAAAAUUUCCACUUCUUUUCCUGAAGAUUUGGAGCUGAGAACAUACAUUUUGCUAAACUCUGAGAUAAGAUUGAUCAAAUUAGAACCAAUUUUAUUUGCAA